AUGAGGGACUUGUCAUCGCGCGGCAAGACUGCCGUACUGCUGGUCGCCCUCCUGGCGCUGCUUGGCACGAAAGGGGUGCAGGCAUACUCUGUUCGCUAUGCUGGCAAGGUCUCAUUGAAUGGUAUGAUGAACUUCGAGACAGUGGGCUACUGCGGCCAGGACGACUCAGGGCACUCUAUGAUGCCAAAGUUGCAGAGCUAUCAGACGUCUGCAGCAGAGGUGCUGUCCAACAACAACUUCAACACGGCCCCGAUCGGUGGUGAGUCACGCCAGUCCGCCUGCCUCGACGCCAACUGCACGUGGCAGUUCAACCAUGGUUUGCACUACCGCAAUGAAAUCACGUUCUACUAUGGCGUCGUGUACAAGGAGAAUCUGCUCGGUGGCCCAGCCGAUGGCAUAUACAACAACUUUGCCUCUGGUCAACCAGUCUGGUGGAGCAACGUGAGCUAUUGGGGCGGCCGGCAACCUUACAUGAUGAGCGGCGGCCAGUGGGCGAACGGUAACGUGGUCACGUACUUCACGCAGUGGGUAUGUGAGUAUUACGAGUACCAGUUGUCGGAUGCGUCCAUCUUCCCCACCUAUCCGGACGGUCAAGUCAUCACACCGCAUUUCACGGGCAACUACUAUCACUGCGACAAGGUGGUAGAGCGAGACUCACAGGGUCGCUGGAUCUACCAGCGCUGUAAGGAGCCGUUCCCAUGGUGGGGCGGCCUCGUCAUCGCCAUCGUCAGCCUCAUGGUGGUGGUCGUCAUAAUCAUCACCAUUUGCUGCCUGUCCUUUGGGAGCGAGCGCAGGAAGAUUCGCAAGGAGCGAGAGCGCAAGCUGGAGACGCUGGCCGACAACCCGGCACAAGUGCCGAAUCAGACGCAGGUGGGCCUGGGUCGCACCCCGGCCCACUGCGGCGACGAUUAG